AUGAAGAUCGAAAUCUAUGAUGGAGUUGGUGCUGUCGAUGAUAGCAUCACAGAACCCGAGGUCCAAGAAAUCCAGUAUGAGCCUGAGGGUACCCUCUGUGAUGUCCGCACCCUCUACCAGAAAAGUUCCGAUGGUUGGGGCCAACCGGUAUGGACCAAAGAAAUGCCCAUCGACUUGCCCGCACCCGUCUUGGAUGCAGAGUCAGCACAAUACGCACUCCUCACGAAGAAGGUGAAGUGCUUCGACGGACGCAGGAGCUUGUCGAUUCAUUCCGUCGUUGUGCAAAGCGAGCGUCUCAAUGAGUUCUUGAAAGAGGCAAUGAAGGGUUAUCCUAGUGUCGCCCUGACCUUGGACCGCCCCGAAUUCUGCUCGCCUUUCCGGGCUUUCGUUCAUCGAUGGGAAGAAAUCACCAAACUGCGGGACGAAGUGCAGGAUCCAACAACCAAGGCCCAUGUCGACAUGUUCUACCGCAUCAUGGACGAGGAGCUCAGGGAUGUCAUCGACAGCAAGAAUGAGCUGGUUGCCAAAGGGGUCAUCACUUUUGAGUUGGUUUGGACAAUCAUCAAACCGGACGAUGUGAUCCUUUCUUCGGCCAAGGAAGGGCUCCGUGCUUAUUCGUCCACACGCGGAUCGUCGGACGGUGAAGGAUCGCCAAUUGAUUAUUUCCAAGCCGAAUACGUCGAAUUCGACGGAACCAAGUUCGGAUACAACACCACGGAUUUCAUGAUCCCCCGAUUUGAAGGCGCUAUGCCAAUCACCUCGUUGACUAUCUUCCCGCUCAAAUUACACCCCGCGAAGGAGGCGGUCCAGGAAAUGUUGACUGCACGAGGCAAGAAGUGGGAAGCCCUCAAGGGGUACCAUUUCAGAUCCUAUGAUUCUUCAACCAGCACCAACUCCAAGGGUCAUGUCAAGAAUCGCGUCAUCAUUGACGCCCAGGCAUACAACAAGUUUGCGCACCACAAGACAAUCAACUUUGAUAGGGAGAUUGGUGAAGAACUGGAUGAUGCUCAGCGCCUCAUUGCAACCCCAAUGCUCAACGGAUAUGCCCUGAAUGACAAAAAAUGGCGUUCGUUCCACGUGGAUCAUGUGCAAGACAUUGAUUGGGAUGAGCAGGCUUUUGAGUCACUGGUCCUACCGCGGGAGCAGCAGGGGUUCAAGGACGUCAUCUUGGCCGUCGCAAAGGCCCAGUCCCAGAAAAAGGAUACAUUUGACGACGUCAUUCGGGGCAAAGGCCAGGGGUUCAUUGUCCAGCUCAGCGGUCCUCCAGGUGUCGGAAAGACCCUGACUGCGGAAAGCGUUGCUGAGGUCAUGAGGGUUCCUAUUUAUGUUAUGAGUGCUGGCGACCUUGGAGUCGAAGCCAAACGCUUCGAGUCAAAGUUGAAAGACAUCUUGGAGCUGGUUCCCAAGUGGGGUGCUAUUCUGUUGCUUGAUGAAGCUGAUGUCUUCAUGGAAGCCCGCGAUUCCGCCAAUCUCGAUCGCAAUGAACUUGUCUCGCUCUUCUUGAGAACUCUUGAAUACUACGAGGGUAUUCUCUUCUUGACCACCAACCGUACGCAGAACAUCGACCCUGCCUUCGAUUCUCGCGUCCACCUUUCCAUCGCCUACAAGGAUCUCGAUGCGGAAUCCAGGCGCCAGGUUUGGGGACAGUUCCUCAGCCGCUCGAUGAACAUUGAAGCCAUCACGGAUGAGCAACUUGACCAGGUGGCCAAGUUGCAAUUGAACGGUCGCCAGAUCAAAAAUAUCAUCAAGACCGCUGGUCUUCUGGCUUGUUCCAAGGAGCGUGAGAUCCGAUUUGACGAUUUGCAGACGGUGCUUGCUCUGAGAAAUUUGCAGAAGUGA